AUGCAUGUAUGGAAACUUCACGGGUUACCAGUGAAAACAGUAUUGGACAGGGGAACUAUGUUCACAGGGAAAUUUCUCAGGGCCCUUUACAAACAACUAGGCAUCAAACCAGCCUUCUCUUCAGCCUAUCACCCAGAAUCAGAUGGACAGACAGAACAAGUCAACCAGUUCAUUGAGUUCUACCUGAGGUCAUACAUCACUGUGGACCACUCAGAUUGGGCAACAUGGCUCCCCCUAGCAGAAUUUGCCUACAACAAUGCAAAGCACCCUGCCACCAGGAAAACCCCAUUUGAAUUGGUGUCCUAG